GUGAUAACACAAGCAGAUGCCAGGUGUGAUAAGUGCUGUCCAAAGCUGCAGAAUAUCAUACGCUCUUCGUAAACGAAAUCCGUUAGUAAUAAUUAACAUCUCCUGAGCUUAACCUUGUAGUUGUGCAAGCGUUUGCUUUCGUGUAAACGCGAGACUGGAAUAAAAUUAUAUAUGGUGGUACAAUAUUUAGGCUAAUAUGGUUGGCAUAUGUUUUUUAUCCAUUAUAUUUGUCGCAGUCUGUUGCUUUCAGAUCAACAGCGUCCUUUUUGGAGAAGCGGCCGCAUUUGACCUUCCGCAUAAAACGAGCAGCGCCGGCGGCUUGCGCCAACGCGGAGGAGAAGUUCCAUUGACAGUGAAAGAGCAGGCAAAGCAUCCCAGAUUUCGGCGUUCACUGCGCAGCAAACGCGACACUGCUGAUGCAGUUCCGCUGUGCUUUGACGCGCGUGACAAAUGGCCCAAAUGUCAAAGCAUCCGCGAGAUUCGUGAUCAAGGUCAAUGCGGCACAUGUUGGGCUGUGGCAGCUGCCAGUGUACUUUCAGACCGACUGUGUAUCGCUUCGGGACAGAAUGACCAGACUUUUGUAUCGGCAUUACAUCUAGCGGCUUGCUCUUCGCCAGAACAAACCGGCUGCGACAAUUGCAACAGUGGAGGAAAUGUGGUUUCGGCGUACCAGUACACCGCUCGAUAUGGCUACAUUACAGGCGGUAAUAAGACUGGCUGUGAACCGUACCCAAUGAUCAACCGCCCGAUCCCACUUGACUGCCCUACCACAUGCACCAAUCCAAACCAUAUCCCACAGAAUCCCGCUGACGACCUUCGAAUGAUUCAUCGAAAACCAGGAACGGAUAACGAACAUGCGUACUGGACGCAUUUUCAGUCUGGUUAUUUCGACGACGACAUCAGUGACACCGUGAAGGCUAUGCAGAUGGAAAUUAUGACCAACGGUCCAGUUACCGCUGGAGAUAUUAUACUCUACACAGACUGGCAAGACUGGAACCCGCUGCAAGGAGCAUACCGUGGACCCUCUGAAGAUGCAGAAUUUUUUGGUUACCAUGCGGUGCGCGUCAUCGGCUGGUGCACGGAUCAGUUCAAUGUACCGUACUGGACGAUUGCAAAUUCCUGGGGCGCUGGUGUGGGGGAUGGCGGAGUAUACUGGGUGGAGCGCGGCAAGAACGUUAUCAAUGUAGAAUCGGCAUUCUCGGCACCGGUGGUUAGUAACGCCGCCUGUCCGGAGGCGGUGGACGUUGAUGUCACCUGUCCUUCGCUAUGCGACAGCGCCAUAGAUCAGAUUGUUCGGCUGGAUAGUGCAAAUAUGGCAUCUCCGAUAUACGUAUUUCAAGGUGCCUGCGUGACCGAAGUAGCAAUAACUUUGGACGGGAAGCUGAAAGCACUUGGAGAACCAGUACCCACAGCGACUUUGUUCGUAGGGACCCCUUCUGGACGGAUCAGCGGCUGGGAUCCGGAAAACAGCAAGAGUUUUUGGCUGCGAAACUCUACGGCGUCCUCGUACUGCUCGUCGCUGCCUAAUUGUGACGUGUACAAGUGUGCCACGGACCCUUCUUCCGGAGGUCAAUCUGCUCAGACUUAUCUCAAUGGCACCAGAUACAGCUACGUGAUGAAGUAUCCUUCGUACUGGAUUGCCGGCUCCGCAGGCGUCGAUAUCGGCAAUCUGAUAACGUCUAAAUUUACACAAGUAAACGCUCUCCUGAGCUUGGACCUGGAAGGUGUCCCAGACAUUCUUAUAUGCGGCAUAAGUUCUUCCGGUGAUGCAGGAUGUGGAUACAUCAAUGCUGCCGGCAAUACGAUAAGUUCCAGAGUUAUGCCUGUUCGAGAUGUCUUUAAAAACUGCUGAGCAUCCGGAAUAAAUGGCCGCAGUAAACCGAUUUAAGUGCUGCACGCUUUUCGCUUUAAAUUUGUUUAAAAUUUUGGCUGGAAAUCGUCUUGUUUUUACGAACGCUUCAUUGAACAUGCGCAGCACUUCGCACAGUUUCAGUAAUUUCGUCGCUUUCCCGCUUUUUGGGCUUUCUUACUUUUUGUUUGCUCUGAUAAUUUAUCUCGCAAUCGUUCGCCGGUUUCACGCGUAUGCUCCACAUUUAACUGCUUCUAAGUGUAUCCGUCAGUAAAAGAAAACGGAUUGUCGUUCUGUUGAAAAACCUACUGUUGAAAAAUUUAUGUACAUAUAUGUAAUGCUGAUGUUG